AUGGAGAAGGCCAAACUAUUUAUGCUUACUAGGAAGGGAGAGGAAGCCUGUAAACUUGCAAGUUGUUCGGAACAAGAAUAUGGAAGAUUGAAACACGGCAAGUGUGAAGUCGAUGAAUGCUGUCCCCAGAAGAGGACAAAAUCUUGGGAUAAUUUGGUGCCGUACUUUGUUCAAGCUUUUACAUACAUAUUCCGGUGUAAAGACAAAGAAAGAUUCACCCUGGACAUGCUCCAAAGCAAGGCCAUAUUUUAUGUUCAUCAAGAUGUAGAGGAAAACCUCAUGUCAAAGAAGAAAGUUGGAGAAAGAAAGUACGAUGUUUUUGUUAGCUUUCAUGGGGAGGACAUCAGACGAGUGUUUCUUAGUCAUUUGGUUGAGGGUUUCAAAAGUAAGAAUAUAAAAGUGUUUGUUGAUGAUGAAAUUGAGAGGGGAGAAGAAAUAUGGCCAUCACUUGUUGAAGCAAUCGAAGGAUCAUCCAUUUCAUUGAUCAUAUUCUCACAAGGCUAUGCUUCUUCUCAUUGGUGUCUAGAUGAAGUGGUGAAAAUUAUUGAAUGCAGAGAGAAAGAUGGACAGAUUGUAAUCCCUGUUUUCUAUUGCAUAGAACCCAAAGAUGUAAGAGAUCAAUUGGGGAGUUACAAGAAUGCAUUUGACGAACAUGAAAUCAAAUAUGAGAGGAAGGUCCCAAUCUGGAGACAUGCCAUGAAUAAAUCCACACUCUUAGCAGGAAUUCAGUCAUCAAAAUUUCGGGAUGACGCGGAGUUACUUAAAAAUAUUGUCGAUGUUGUGUUGACCAGUCAACCUGGAGGUGUCCUAUACAAAGGAUAUUUAAUGAAGUGUGGUGUGGAAAUAAAAAAUGUUGGGAUAUGUGUAGUAAGAUUAAGAGGAAAACUGAAUGGAGUCUUCUUAAGAGGUUCUGGAAUGGAUUUCAAUCACCGGAAACUUCAAAUUUCAGCUAUGGGACAAAUUUUAGAGAACUGUACGAGCUUGCUGAAGUGCUCACGAGAAGUGUUGAAGUUACAGGGCUUCAUGAGCUUCACACAAGGGACAAGUGGAGGCUGUGGUGAAGCUGAAAGCCAAAUCGCUCUGACUGGGGAGUCUCUUCCAGUUACUAAGCAUCCAGGGCAAGAAGUGUUCUCUGGCUCAACUUGCAAACAAGGAGAAAUUGAAGCCGUUGUGAUUGCAACUGCCAUUGGGAACUUCUGCAUCUGUUCCAUUGCUGUUGGUAUGCUAACUGAGAUCAUAGUGAUGUACCCAAUUCAGCACCGCAAGUACAGGGAUGGAAUUGACAACCUGUUGCUCUCUCAGCAAGGAGCCAUCACCAAGAGAAUGACUGCCAUAGAAGAAAUGGCAGGCAUGGAUGUCCUUUGCAGUGACAAAACAGGAACACUCACCCUCAACAAACUCACUGUUGACAAGAACUUAGUUGAGGUCAUUGCCAAGGGCGUGGACAAGGAUCAUGUGAUCCUUCUAGCUGCCAGGCUGCCAGAACUGAAAACCAGGAUGCCAUACAUGCUGCCAUUAUUGGAAUGUUUGCUGAUCCUAAAGAGAUGUGUUUUAGUUGCUUUGAUGCUUGGAAAAAGUGGUGUUACCUUCCAUCCUUGUUUUUCAUAUGCUUCUGAGUCCUUCCUCAAACAGGUUGUUAAUGUUUAA